GCGAGUGACGUCACAUUCUUCUUCUUGAUUGGCGAGAGGGCUAAAGGGAGAAAAGAAACCUGAUUGGUUUCGCCCUCCCCGUAAGUUCCGCAUUUGCACGCAAAACAAGCCGCCGCCAUGGCGACCCCCUAAACUACUCCCCCUCUACAGCGUUCUGAUUGGCGCUCGCUCAUCUCGCGGGAGUCGAGGCGGUUUGGUGAGAUCCUUGAACCCUGGCAGUCACCAGCCCUCACCUCAAAUCCUCGCUUUCCCGCUAUCCUCCAUGAAUGGCAACCAUGACGAAGGCAAAGUACAUCCUUUGCGUGUGGAGGAAGCGGUGGUGGCCUGCAAAGGUUUUGUCUGCCGGCCGGACUUCCAAAAGACGACCAGAUCCGAAGAGCAAGCCGAGAACGCUUCGGGUUGAAAUCCUCUGUCUGAACAAACAGGCUGUUGUGCGCCACGCAGAUGUCAAACCUUUGCAGGAGGAGGACAUCAUCAGCAUCGCCUCUCGGUUAGGUGGCCAACCUGACGCCUCAAGAGGUCAGAGCAAGAAAAAAAACCGCGAAGCCAUAGAUGAGCUGAUCUACCGGCAUGCUCUGCGGCAGGCCCUGGAUAUCCUGAGCGGACACUCCAUCUCGCCCAAGGAGCGGAAAGGCAAAGCGUCACCCCGAAAGGACACCCCCGCCGGAGCGUCCCUGGAGCGUCCGGCUAAGUGUCGCCAGCUCCAGUCUCCAAGGGACUCACACGAGGGAGACAGCAGGGAGAGUACCGCUGAGUGUUGCCUUGGCUCCAAGGCAUCUCCCAUCUCUAAACCGCAGCACCUCCCGGCUGGCCAGCACUGCUCCUUUUCUGAAGCAGCAGCGACCGUAACUCCCCAGAAACAGCAGGAACCGUUGCCCAAAUCUGAUGCAAGCCGGAGGCAGCUGCGGUCCUUUAAGGAGAGGGAUGAGGGGCGCUGCCAAUCUCAGGGCAAGUCUGGCAAGGGCAACUGCUUCCCAUCGCCAAACAGAACGAGCACCCCAGCGGCCGCCUCUCAAAAGCACCGGCCCAGGUUCGCAAAGUCAGGCGUGGAGCCCAGGGUGCGGAAGAAACUGCUGGGCUCCCCCACCGGAUGCGUUUCAGCUGAUCCAGCCAGGGGAGAGGAAGGGGGAACUCCACCCAGGAGAUACGGCAGAGGCCCCAACGGCAGCAGGCGCCCGAAGGGAACGCGGCAGAAAAGAACCCGGGCGCGGAACAGAGGAAGGAGUCGUCCAGGGGACUCGAACUCUGCAGAUGAGUCUCUUUCGGGAGGCAAGGCGGGGCAAAGGCAGGAUGCGGCCAUCAACGUGAAACAGUUCCAGCUUCAGGAUUUUGAAGAUGAAGAAGGAUUCGCACCUGCCUCUUCCCUGCGGCUUAGCCCCAUCGGGAGGUACAGUCACAGCCCGGCUUCCAGGGACGAUGAGGACGAGGAACUCCCAAGCAUCCUCUUGCGCCCAGAGCCCUGUACCAUCAAAGCCGGGAUGCUGGUUUGGUGCAAGAUGGCAAGACAACCCUUUUGGCCUGCAGUGGUGAAAAGAGUGCAGCAGAAAGCCAGGAAGGCCAACGUCAUCCUCAUCCAGGACACCUUGGGCAUGAAUUCCAAGGGCUUCUCCACCUCUUUCAGAAACCUGAAGCAUUACGAAUGCAAGGAGAAGGGAAAACUCAUAGCCAGAGCCAAAGAGACCCACCCUCAGGAUAUCGACUGGUGCAUCACGUUGAUAACAGACUACCUAGUUCGAGUAGGCUGCGAAUCUUUCACGGGGUCCUUCCUGGAGUAUUACGCCCACGAGAUGAGCUACUGUGUCCGAACAGGCAUCCUCCAUGAACCGCCGCAGGAGACCUUUCCAGAGACGGAGGAAGCAGCCCCAGAGUUAGCAGACCCAGAGGAAGCGGACCCAGAGGAAGCGGACCCGGGCGAGUUGCCAUCUGAGCCGUCGCCUACUAAGCCCCCCAAGAAAGUCCUCCCGGAUCGUGCCCGUGCCGCCCGGGACAAGGCCAAUGAGCGCAUUGUUGAGUUCAUAGUGAAGUCCAAGGGGGCGGACGACCACCUCCGCUCCAUCCUAAGGAGCAAGAAGCCGUCGCGCUGGCUGAACGACUUCUUUGUCGACCGGCCGUACCUGCCCUGCAUGGAGGUUUACCUUGAGGACGACCACCAGCUGGAACUCGUUCUCGACUACCUGCGAGGGGUUUACCAAGAGGCAGACCCCAAGGUCCUGCCCAAAGUGAGCAUGGACAGUAUCAAGUUCAUCUUGGACGUCUUGUUCCCCGAGGCCAUCAUCUAUGCCAUUUCAGCUGUGGACCAUAUUGACUACAAGAAAGCGGAAGAGAUAUAUUUGAGAGGGCCUCUGGUGAGCCAAAGGGAAAAAGAAAUCUUCGAGGAAGAAAUCCUAGAAGCGAAGAGAAGGAAGAAUCUGCAGAGCAAGAGGCCUCCUCCAGAAGCCAGCCUGUAAAGCCUUCCCCCCCCCCACCAGAGGGCACAGAACAAGUUCUACGUCAGACUUGUGACACAAAAUAGGAAGUGUGUAUUCUGUAUAGGACACGAGAGCCUUUAUUUUUUAAAUAUAUAAAUAUAUGUAUGUAUAUGUGUUUCAAAUAUACUGCAAGAAGUAGGUGCGAUUCCUGAACCACAACCAUCCCGUCAGAGCAAAUUGGACUUUUGUGGCCGUGAAACAACCCCCCCCCCCCUUCUCUCUCUCUGCCUCAAGAGCAGCCCAAAAAUAAAUUAUAUAUCGGUGUUUGGUACACCCUGGGUGACAGCUCAUGGAGGAACUGGGAGCGGUUUGAGAGAGGACUUACUCCCCUGGUGUCAACCAAACCAAAUGUUUUGAACUACAGCCCCAGGCUGAUGGGAGUUGUAGCCCAAAACAUUUUGAACGGAUGUCUGCCCUGCCGGCUUCUGCUCCUGGCGGACCUCCACAUCUCACUUAACGCCAGAAGCAAAAGCGAAAAUGAGUGCGUUCAUUGUUCAUAGGAAACGCUUUUACCCCUCUCCCCCUUUUCAAUGGCCUCCAGAGGCUUCUCUGGAUCCCGAAGAGGAAAAACUUUGCUGUACAUUCCGCUGUCGUCGCCUAAAAUCCCAUUCGCCCUGCUUUUGGCAAAGGUUUCAAAAGCUGGAGGUGCGUCGCUAACACAGCCAGGAAUCACCUCGGUUAGGUUCACAGUCUUCCAUCCCCCAAUCCCGUAAUGAAUUUUAAAAUUUUAAAUUCCAGUUGGCGCAGGUAUGAUUGAUUUCACGAGAGCUAAACCAGCCUUAUCAAUUCUUCCACCCGUAUCGAAUCAUUUCAUCCUUGCUCCAUCUCUUAUGGCUUUUUGUGCAAAAUUCUCUUCUUCUUUUUACUCAAACAAUAAAAUUUCUCAAAUCACA